AUGAACACUUGUUCAACUUACUUCGGUCCAGCAACUACAGGAACGCGGUCUUUGAACCGACCGUCGCUGAUGAACUACACUCACGAACGCUACGAACUGAUGGGAAAAUAUGACCAGGAAAGUCUUUCCCAAAUCGACCCACCAUUCAAGCGAAUUCUGUUCUGGAACGAGGCUUACGGAAGCAAAGAUUACAAUGUCGGAAUUGGUCGCCAUGCCUUGCGGAAACGGGGGUGUCCCGUGUGGCAGUGCGAAACGUCGGACAACCGCAACGAUGUCCAGGACUACGACGCCGUUGUCUUUCACCUCCGCAGUUGGAGCCGGAACGACUUGCCGCAACGUCGGUCGCCCCAUCAGCGCUACGUUGGCUGGAUCAUGGAAUCCGCAGCGUGGCGCGAAUACAUGGUGGACAAUAGUCCCAUGGUCAAUUUCUUCAACUGGACGUUUUCAUACCGUUGGGACUCUGAUAUCGUCAGUCCUUACGGUUACGUCAAACCGGUUCAUGGACGCGUACCUCUUCAUCCUAAUGAGAAACAAAUGAAAGAGUAUUUAUCCAAUUCAAAAGUCGAUUACGCGAAUGGGAAAACGAAAAUGGCAGCUUGGUUUGUCUCCAACUGCCUGUCGAAAAGUAAAAGAAACGAGAUGGUUAACGAGCUGCAAAAGCACAUGCAAAUUGACGUUUACGGGAACUGUGGAACGAUGACCUGCCCGAGAAACAUGGAAGACGAAUGCCGAGAAAUGGCAGCCAAAAAUUACAAAUUUUACAUGGCACUGGAAAAUUCCCUGUGUCAGGACUACAUCACUGAAAAGUUUUUCGCCAUGAUGAAAUACCCGAUCAUUCCCAUCGUUUACGGCGUUCACGACCACUACGAUAGGAUUGCACCGACGCAUUCCUUCAUCAACGCGGCAAAAUUUGAAAAUAUGAAACAGCUGGCCGACUACCUCAUUCUACUCGACAAGAAGGACACGCUAUACAACGAAUAUUUCUGGUGGAAACCUCAUUUUAAAGUGUGUGACUUUAACGAUGACAUAAACAAAAGCAUGUGUCAUUUGUGCGCCUCUCUCCACAACACGACGUCACCGCCUAAAAUCUACGCAAACAUGACCGACUGGUGGGAAAACCAAUCCUACUGCCAAACACCCAAAUUCUGA